AUGCCCGGAAUCCAAACCUCAACCACCGCCUUCGACCCCACCGACCUCGCCUACACUCCCCCCAAAGGCGGCAUCCGCAAAAUCAUCGAAACUCCUUUACUCGAAGCCACCCCCGAAAACAUCAAAGGCUACGGCUCCAUCGUCGACACCCCCAAGGACUUCCCCAUCGAAAUCACCCGCUGGCCCGCCCAAGGCUGGCGACCCGUCGACGACAACUCGGGCGACCAAGGCGGCGUGACAGAGGGGAUCUUCGAAUUCUGGUGGAAAGGCGACACACUCUACGCGCGGAACAACGCCGUCGGAGACUCGUACCUCUUCGCGUGGUCGACUUACCCCGAAGAAGCCCGCACGAGCGGCUCCUCGAGCGUCCCACGCUCCAAAGCGCUCAUCUGGCGCGCAAACUACCACCCGGACGGCGGGCAGCUGUUCUUCCCGCUCGACGGGGCGAUGAGUUUCGUCGUGCCCCUGGCGCUGCCUGGCGAUGAUGUGAAGCCGGAGGACUUCAGGACGUUUCGGGUGAGUGGUGGGAAGGGACUGUAUAUCCAUCCGAACAUUUGGCAUGGAGCUGUUGUGCCGGAGGGGGAUGAGGGGAGGUUGUUGGAUCGGCAGGGACGGGUGCAUGCGAGGGUUAGCGUGGAUUUUGUGGAGGAGUUUGGGUGUUAUUUGGGGGUGUGCAGUGGGGCAGCGACGGUGUCUUGA